GUAGUGAACAUGGCCAUCUCCGACCUCAUCAUCUCCUUGUCUGGUCAUCCCAUGGUGGCAUCUUCAUCCUUCUCAGGUUACUGGUUAUUCGGCGACCACGGCUGCAUCUUCUUCGCGUUCAUCUACUUCACCUUGUCCAUGGUUAGCAUGAACACAUUGGUAGCAAUCGCCGCGUUUAGGUAUAUACUCAUCUGCAAGCCACAGCACUAUAAAUGGAUGACAGUAGCGAAUACUAAACGAGUGAUAUUCGCUUGUUGGGUGUACGCGGUGGCCUGCACCGCCCCGCCGCUGUUCGGCUGGUCUUUCUACACGUACGAAUCAUUCGGGACCUCGUGCAGUAUGAACUGGCUCGGCAAGAGUAUGGCAGAUAUCACCUACAUUAUUUUCACUUGCAUCUUUUGCUUCGCAGGACACGUAGCAAUACUCGUCAUCUGCUAUUGCAAGGUAUCUUUCCUUAAAGUGAUAGUGUUUCUCAUGGCAUGGACUCCAUACGCUGUGAUAAGCGUGGCCCAGAUAUGGUUUUACGUCAAACCAGAAGUUGCCCUUUUGCCUACCAUGGGCGCCAAACUGACGUGUGUUACGAACCCACUCAUCACCUCGCUAUUUACCAAGCGAUACAGGAAGAUCUGCUGGGGUGUAAUCUACCGCUGCUUCUUCAGGAGGGAGACAAAUGCUGUAGCACCCAUGCACCAGGAAGCACGCCACCGUCAUGCGCAAAGCAUCUACCAUAUUCCCCGCGCCGAGAGGGAGGCGGUUAGAUACGGGAAGGUCUCAGGGCGGGCAUUCCCCGGCAGUGCCCUCCCAAGACAGCUUAACCCCGCCAGUAAUAGCUCCCCAUCCCACCUAUCCGAUGACGGCAUCAUUCGCUUUCGGUCAACGAUGCAUGUGGGGUCCGAACCUGGCACUGUUAUGAAACAGUCUGCGACAAGUUCAUUCGGUUCCAACGAAUCAUAUAACUUAUACGAACAUUUACACUACAUGCCAAGGCAGUGCAUGGUCUUGAAACCGAUCGACCUGAUGCAAGCCGACCCGGCCUUAGCGGGGAUGCCCGACGAGAAUGUUUGA